GUCAGGGUGCUUCUGUUUCUAUGACUGAUUUAUUUGUAGCUUUAAAUAAAGAAAACCUUCAUUUGUAUGUUAGACAGAAGGAAGAACCAACCUCACAUUUAUAUUUCCAGGAAGAAGGCGGGCUUUAUUCUGAGGCCCCAACAGGAAACAAACAGUGGUCAGAUGGUGAAGUGGCACCAUGAUGGAAACAUCUCUACAACAUCUGCUCUUUUCCUGUUUGCUGGUUUGCUGCAUAAAUAAUGAAGUCCUCCCAGCUGGUCUGACUGUGAGUCCCAGCAGAUCUCAGUUCUUUAAAGGAGACUCUGUGUCUCUGAGCUGUGAGGAGGACAACAUCUCUGCUGGAUGGACUGUGAGGAGAAACACAACCAGAAAAACCAGAACUCAAUGUGGAGAUGGAUGGGGAGAACCAGCUGGUUCUUCCUGUAACAUCAACAGCCUCUACAAACAUGAAACUGGAGUGUACUGGUGUGUGUCCAGAGAGGGAGCAGCCAGCAGCAGCAUCAACCUCACUGUCUCUGGUGAAUCAGUGAUCCUGCAGAGUCCUGUCCUCCCUGUGAUGGAGGGAGAUGACGUCACUCUGAGCUGUCAAACAAAGACUCCCUCCAACCUCCCAGCUGCUUUCAUUAAAGAUGGCGUCAUCAUCAGGACUGAGCCUGCAGGUCACAUGACCCUCCACCAUGUGACCAGCUCUGAUGAAGGCCUCUACAAGUGUAACAUUGGUGGUCAUGGAGAGUCUCCAUCCAGCUGGAUCUCUGUCUCAGGUCAGGAAGUAAAAUCAGCAGAACCUUCAACUCAUGAAUAAAUAUCUG